AUGGCGCCUUCAAGAGCCACUCUUUUGGAUGAAGGUGCUUCUUGGGGAUUCAGGGAGCCAGAGACAGGAAGAGGACCCCGAGACCCAAGAGCGGACACAGCCCCAGAGAUGGUUGGACCCAGCACCACAGUCCUUGUGGUGCCUGGAUCUAGGGCUGGGAGCCGCCCCCCAAAAACCUGCAGAGAGAGGGAGCCCCGCCGCACCCAGGAGUUUUACGCUCUGACCAGAAGACCUUGUGGGCUCUGCCUGAUCAUCAACAACUAUGACUUUCAGUCAAGAAGUUCCCUCAGAAAUCAUGAAGGGACACAGAAGGCUCUCACCAGAGUCUUUACCAGGAUGCGUUUUCUGGUGAGGGAAAAGAAGGACCUGUCUAGGUCAGAGAUCCUGAGGGUAGUGAAAGAGUUUGCUGAGAAGAACCAUUCUGCAUAUGAUGCGUUUGUUUGCUGCGUCCUCUCCCAUGGUGAAAAGGGCAGCAUCCUGGGCACAGAUGGGGAGGAUGUCCAAAUCCGUGAUCUCACCCAGCCCUUUGCCUGCUGUAACAGCUUGAAACAGAAGCCCAAAAUCUUCUUCAUCCAAGCCUGCCAGGGCAAAAAGCACCAGCAGGACACACCUGUACAGACGGACGGGUAUACUGAUGAUGAAAUCCAGGAGGAUGCCCUAGACUCUGCAUGCAGGAAAAUCUCACUUGAGGAUGAUUUCCCGAUUGGCAUGGCAACAGUAGAGGACUGUGUAUCCUUCCGGCAAAGGCAAAAAGGGUCCCUUUACAUCCAAGAGCUCUGUAAACAGCUUGAAACUAGCUGCCCUAGGAGAGAGAACAUCUUGACCAUUCUGACCCGUGUAAACAGGAACAUAAGCCAAGGAGUCUUCCCAGGGAGAAAGCAGAUGCCUGAGCCUCGAUUCACUCUUACCAAGACCCUAGUUUUCCCAUGGGGAUGA